AUGCAGUCUCUCAACAUCACCCGAGAGCAGUUCUCCAGGCUGCUACGGGACCAUAACCUGACGCGCGAGCAGUUCAUCGCGCGCUACGGGCUGCGGCCGCUUGUCUACACCCCGGAGCUGCCGGGGCGCGCCAAGCUGGCCUUCGUGCUCACCAGCGUGCUCAUAUUUGCCCUAGCGCUCUUUGGCAACGCGCUGGUGGUCUAUGUGGUGACCCGCAGCAAGGCAAUGCGCACCGUCACGAACAUCUUCAUCUGCUCCUUGGCGCUCAGCGACCUGCUCAUCGCCUUCUUCUGCAUCCCGGUCACCAUGCUACAGAACAUCUCUGACACCUGGCUGGGGGGUGCCUUCAUUUGCAAGAUGCUGCCAUUUGUCCAGUCAACUGCUAUCGUGACAGAAAUUCUUACUCUGACCUGCAUUGCUGUGGAAAGGCACCAGGGACUUGUGCAUCCUUUUAAAAUGAAGUGGCAAUACACCAACAGAAGGGCUUUCACCAUGCUAGGUGUGGUCUGGCUGCUGGCAGUCAUCGUAGGAUCACCCAUGUGGCAUGUACAACGCCUUGAGAUUAAGUAUGACUUCUUAUAUGAAAAGGAACAUGUCUGCUGUCUGGAAGAGUGGGCCAGCCCUGCGCACCAGAAAAUCUAUACCACGUUCAUCCUUGUCAUCCUGUUCCUCCUGCCUCUUAUGCUGAUGCUUAUCCUGUACACUAAAAUCGGUUAUGAACUUUGGAUAAAGAAAAGAGUGGGAGACUGCUCAGUGUUUCGAACUAUUCACGGAAAAGAAAUGUCAAAAAUAGCCAGGAAGAAGAAGCGAGCUGUCAUUAUGAUGGUGACAGUGGUGGCUCUCUUUGCUCUAUGCUGGGCACCUUUCCACAUCGUGCACAUGAUGACUGAAUACAGCAAUUUUGAAAAGGAAUAUGAUGAUGUCACAAUCAAGAUGAUUUUUGCUAUCGUGCAAAUAAUUGGAUUUUCCAAUUCCAUCUGCAAUCCCAUUGUUUAUGCAUUUAUGAACGAAAACUUCAAAAAAAAUUUUUUGUCUGCAGUUUGUUAUUGCAUAGUAAAAGAAACCUUAUCUCCAGCACGAAGGCAUGGAAAUUCAGGAAUUACAAUGAUGCAGAAGAAAGCAGUGUUUUCCCAGAGACAGAACCCAGUGGAGGAGACAAAAGGAGAAGCAUUCAGUGAUGGCAACAUUGAAGUCAAAUUGUGUGAACAAUCAGAGGAGAAAAAAUACAUCAAAUGA